AUGUUCCCAACGUCCCAAAAUCCUAACCGCCAUUAUAUAGUGUGUUUCCGAUGGAGAGUUUUCUCGCCCAAACCAAAGCCAAAUAAUCAAGCAGAAAAAUGGAGGAAGAGAGCGUUGCCUGGAGUACGGAAGAGAGAGCCCAUUAAGCGCAGCAGGAAAACGCUGCUCAAGAAAUUAGUAGACUAUCUCAGAUCGGAUUCUUACAUGUUUGCUCCUCUCAUCUCUUCCCCACCUAAGAUGUUUCGUUCUUCUCCUCCUCCAGGAACCGAAGUUAGAGAACCCAUGAGAGAAACCAAGAAGAAGAAGUUGUUCAAGAAGAUAGAGGAAUAUCUGAAGUCUGAUUCUUGCAUGUAUGCUCUCUUGCUUCAAUCAAUUAGUCCUCUUCCAUAAGGUAAUUUUCGUAUUCCUCUAUGUGAUAUGCAAUUCUAUUGGGUACUUGUGGAUAAUAGUGGAAAUAAAGUAAGGGCUAGGAUAAUUCGAAGAGAGCCAUACUCGUAAUGUUUAAUAAUUAUGAAAACUAUAUCCUCCCAUUUUAUGAAGAGUAUUAAUAUGUGACACGAUCCGUCAACCUAAUACGAACAUGAUAUAAAAUUAGGUUUGGAUUUUA